AAAUAUAAUUUCACAUUCUAUGAAAUUUUCAAGUUUUGAGUGUUUGAAUUUUCUCUGUGCUGGUGUAGCUGAAUGACAAAUGGGGUCGGACCCUCCAAUGGUAACUUCACUAUGAUCUAACAGACUCGCGUCCAGAGGUGUCAAUGUGGGUCAAACUGCAUGAGAACCAGCUUGGUUCGAACCGAGGUUCUAGCGAGUCUGUCUGCACUGUACUCAUCGCCACCUGAUCAUAAGCGUUUUGUCUGGUUUUGAGGUUUCUACGACACGUUGCCAUGGACCAAAUCCCGAGUUCUUUCCUCGCCUGUUCCUGCUGCCAACCUCCCCGAAAGAGAAGAGAGAAAUCAAGAAAGCAUUAACUGUGAACCCCGAUCGGUGAUCUUUUGUAUCUUUGUGAUGAAGAGAAGCAGAGCUGCUGGAACCAGGGAGCGUGGGCGCACUUCUUGUCCAAGUAAAGUUCAAUUCUUUUCAUCUUUUUCUUUCCCAUAAAAAGCCUCCCCCACUUCAUGUUCUCGCUGGCCAAUUCUCGUGCUGUUUCUUGACUGAAAACGAUCGUUCCAAGGUAUUGCAGGAGAACAAUGGCUACUUUCUCUGUUGCUGCUUGUCCAUGGGAGAUCAGAGAUGGGUGUCUCAUGGUGCGAGACCAGGUCGUCUUGAGCAGAGUCGCACGCAACAUCACCCUCACGCCUUUGAAAGAUGGGGCUGUUUUUGUUGGAGCAACUUCGAGAAGCUCGAGCAGCCGCCAUGUCUUCAACAUUGGAAUUCUCAGAUGGGUAUCUUCUUUUUCCACUGUUCUUUAUGGUCUUUGUAUGAUGAAGACAGACUGUUGUUUCAAGGUCUGGUGGAUGAUCCCAUACUUCGGAGAUGCUGCCAGCAAAGUGCCUGAGGACACUCAAAUGCUUCUCUUGGAGGCGAGAGAAGCCUCUGCCCCAGCCAGCGGAUUUAAAGGGACAAUGCUCACAGGGGAUGAGGACGAGGACGCUGACGAACUCUUCUACGUUUUGUUUUUGCCCGUGUUGGAUGGACCAUUCAGGACUAGUCUGCAGGGAACCGAUGCCGAUACACUCCAGUUUUGCGCCGAGAGUGGGGAUCCCAAUGUCCAGACUUCCGAAUUCUCAGAAGCUGUUAUGAUCAACACCAAUACCAACCCAUUUGAUCUCAUCAAGAAAUCUGUCAGGAUAUUGGAGAAGCAUAAAGGUACCUUCAGCUGCAUAGAGCACAAGAAGCUCCCUGCGCAAGUAGACCUGCUUGGAUGGAGCACUUGGGAUGCCUUCUACGACGCAGUCGACCGAAUCGGAAUUGAAGAUGGCCUCAAAAGUCUGUCGGAAGGAGGAUUCCCGCCUAAAUGGUUGGUCAUAGAUGAUGGUUGGCAAAACAUAUUACACGACACUAGGGACAGCGUUAAACUAGCCGAUGUGGAAGGAUUAAAAUAUGUGUCAAGACAAAUGAAUUUCGAUGCCAAUCAAAAGUUCAAGGGUUCUGGACAGGGAAAGCCUAUCGAACUCCGGGAGUUUUGCAAAAGCAUCAAGAAAAAAUAUGGGGUGAAAUAUGUCUAUGCCUGGCAUACGGCACUAGGUUACUGGGGCGGGGUAAGUCCAACAUCGGAGGUAAUGAAGAAAUACAUGGCCAAGAUCAUUUAUCCAGUUCAGUCACCCGGUAACUUGAGCCAUGUCGUCUGUGGCACCAUCCUCUGUGUAGAGGACGAAGGGGUCGCAUUCAUUGAGCCCUCAAGAAUUCGCGACUUUUAUAACGAUUUCCACCGCUACCUCACGAGUUGUGGCGUUGAUGGGGUGAAGGUAGAUGAUCAGAAUCUAUUAGAAACACUUGGUUCUGGUUAUGGAGGCCGUGUUGCCUUGACCAGAGAAUUCUUAGGAGCUCUUGAGGAAUCGGUGAUCAAUAAUUUCAUGGAUAUCAGCUUGAUCAGCUCUAUGUGCAUGAGCACAGAUUACUUAUACAGUGCAAAGAAGGUUGCUGUCGCUAGAGUAUCCGAGGAUUUCAUGCCGACGGAGCCGACAUUUCAGACAACACACAUUGCUGGCGUUGCCUGCACGUGUCUUCUAGCAGGAGAAAUAAUUGUGCCAGAUUGGGACAUGUUUCAUAGCAAUCACUAUACGGCCAAAUUCCAUGCUGCGGCGAGAGCAAUAGGCGGAUGUGCAGUAUAUGUCAGUGACAAGCCAGGUGAACAUGACUUUCAUGUAAUCAAGAGAUUAGUACUGCCUGAUGGAUCAAUCUUAAGAGCGAGAUAUGCCGGUCGACCGACACGAGAUUGCUUAUUCAGUGACCCUGUAACAGAUGGGAGGAGUUUGAUGAAGAUAUGGAACUUGAACAAAACAACGGGCGUCUUGGGCGUUUUUAAUUGCCAGAGAGGCGGAAUUUGGCCACCUAUAAGAGGCGCUCCAUACAAUCCGCCUUCAGAAUCCGAACCCUUCAUCAUAUUGGGCGCUGUCAGUCCUCGAGAUGUCGAAUUCCUUGGCGAGGUUGCCAGGGAAGGCUGGCUUGGAGACUGUGCACUCUACUCAUAUACUACAGGGGUACUGUCAAGAAUGCCAAAGGAAGGGAGCCUUGAAGUGACCUUAAGAUUUCUAGGAUUUGAAGUAUAUACUGUGUCUCCUAUAAGGGUAUUUGACGAGAAACAUCAAUUCGCUCCGCUCGGUUUACUGGACAUGUACAACUCUGGUGGAGCAGUUGAAGCAAUGAACAGCUCCCUCUGCUCAUCUGGGCAUAAGAUUGAGAUUCGGGCAAGAGGGUGCGGACGGUUCGGUGCCUACUCCAAUUCAAAACCGAGGUCUUGUAGCAUCGAUGGGAAGGAAGAAGAUGUCGGGUACAAUGCCGAAAACGGGAUGCUAACCAUAACUCUUCCACCGGAAUGCACCUUGAGAACCAUUGCUUUUGUGUAUUAGUCUCAGCUUUUGG